AUGGAUGUGUUGAAGCAACAGGUGGAGCCAUAUGAUUUCCAUUUCGACUUCCUCUUUCCGGGAAAUCCAUUUCUCAGGUUUCCAUGGGAAUCUUCAGACGAAGGACAGGCCACGAAACUACGUUCUGGCUUGGAGGAACUGCCCAACGAGGUGCGGAAAAAUCAUCAGAAGACAGGUUCUCCUGGAUUUGAGCGCGGAUUCUUGUGCAAGGCGGUCCAGCGAGGUGCGACUUUGAAUGCUGAGGCUCCCAGCCAUGGAAGCCAGUCGUCCCUGCCUGGAUCUGUGCCGAAACUUAAGAAGAAGGCGCCGGGCCAUUUUUGGUCGACGCCACCGCUCCGUUACGAUUUCAAGGAGCAGAAGGAAAUUCAGGUCGGAGACUGGACUGGGGUGGAGCAGUCUGGUCGCCUGCGAAAGCCCGGCCGCUCCAGAGAGUGUGACUUCCACCGACUGCCUGGCUUCAUGUGUGAGGAGACCGCGCAGGUGAUCUUGGAGCAUUGCAAGAAGCAGACCUCGCGGUUUUCGGUUGAGCCCGAUUCGGUGGACAAGACUCCGACCUUUGAGUACUACCCGUUCCAAGCAGGAGAAUGGGUGGAUGAUGCAAUGAGGAGCCUGCUGGAGGAGACCAUCGAGUCGCGGUUCCUUCCCUACGUGCGGCAGCGCUAUGGUUGCCGUUUCUGUGCCGUGUCUGACAUCUUGGUGAGACGCUACUUGCCUGGAGAGCGUCGUACCCACGCCGUCCAUUUUGAUGGCCACGCCUUUGUGACAGCCGUGCUGGGCCUCUCACGUCCAGACAGCUACCAGGGCGGCUUGUACAUCCAGCCAGAUGCCGCGGUGGCAUCGCGCAUGUACUUUCGCCUAGAGCCAGGAGACUUGCUGGUGCAUUCCUUCGAUUUACAGCAUGGAGUUCACGUUUGGAAGGGUGCUCGCUACAGCCUUGUCUUCUGGAUCAAAGAUUCCUUGCAGGCCGUAAGGGACCGGACGACACCCUGGUACGACUCUCUGGCUGCUGAAGGAGAUCCCGAUGCCUUGUACAACCUUGCUCAGAACUAUGAGCACGGCCUCUUCGGUCGUCACUUGGAUCUCCACAAGGCCCGGGAGCUGUACGAACGCAGCGCAGCAGCUGGACACCACUUUGCACAGAACAAUCUCGGGUUGUUGUAUCGGCGCCUCCAUGAAGGCGGCGCGGGUGGUGACGAACUGCAGAGGUCUGUCUACUGGCUCAAAGCAGCCUCGGAAGCGGGCUUUGCAAUGGCACAGAAGAACCUGGCUCUGGCCUAUGCCAACGGACAGGGUGUGCGGCGAGACGACGCGCAGGCAGUUGUUUGGAUGCGGCGAGCCGCGGAGCAGCUGGAGGUCGAGGCGGCAUAUAUGAUGGGCGAGAUGUAUCGUCGAGGCAGGGGCGUUCCUGCCGAUUCGUCAGAGGCCGCCAACUGGUACCAGCGCAGUGCUGAAGCUGGAUUUCCGAAGGCUCAGUACACCCUGGGUAUGCUGUACCUUGAGGGUACCGGCCAGCAGGCAGACUUGCGGCAAGCUGAGAUGUGGCUGAAGUUUGCUGCCCGGCAGGGACAUGCGGAGGCCAAGAACAAUGUGGCCACGAUGUAUGCCCAGCGUGGUGAGGUUGAGGAAGCCUCGAAGAUCUGGGAAGAGCUUGCCCAAAGUGGAGAGCCCAACGCCCAGUGCAACCUUGGCAUGGCCUUCCUGCGCGGAGCGGGCCGCGAUCCAGAUCCGAAGGAAGCGUCGCGAUGGCUCAGCCUGGCAGCUGCUCAGGGCCACCAAAUGGCUGCCCAAGCACUGGCCUCGCUGGCCGCGUGA